UUUUUCAAAGCAUUUCUUGUGGAGAAAUCUCUUCAGUUAUCCAGAAAUGGAAGUUAGUGGAUGGCAAGCCCUCCUCUCCACGUCUCUGCCCAUAGUCCGGACCGCAACUAGGCACGCCUACUCCAAGGACCAAUGUGGUGCGAAGUGUGAUUUAUCAACUCUAUCAACCUUCCAUGCACACUGCUUUCUGACAGAGGCUAGGGCUGUGGAGGAGAAAUGUCUGUCUUGGAUAUACUUUGCCACCCUCUGUGGGCUGUUUCCACGGCGCUGUUGGCCAUCGUGGUGCGCCUACAGCGCAGAGUGGUGUGGGAUCCCAAAGCCUGCGCCGUGCGCCUCACGGGGAAAACCGCCAUCGUGACAGGAGCCAACACAGGCAUUGGAAAGUUCAUUGCACUGGACUUUGCUCGCCGUGGGGCCCGUGUUAUCCUGGCGUGUCGAAGCGAGUCUCGGGGGACAGCAGCACUCAAUGAAAUCAGGCAGAUUACAGGAAAUGCAGAUGUGCAUCUGCGCCUGGUGGAUCUCUCCUCUAUGGACUCUGUGAGGGAAUUUGCCAAAAAGAUUCUGGAGGAGGAGAAAGCGCUUCAUAUCCUUGUAAACAAUGCAGGAGUGUCAGGUUUGCCUAAGCAGAUUACCAAAGACGGGUUCGAGGCUUCCUUUGCCACCAACCAUCUGGGACCAUUUCUUCUCACCAAUCUGCUGCUGGACUUGAUAAAGCGUUCAGCGCCGGCCCGUAUCGUCACUGUCAGCUCAGUCAACCACAAAAGAGGUCAAGUGGACUUCUCUCACUUUCAUGGGGAAAACCUUGUUUAUUUCAUGGACCAAGUCUACAACCACACCAAGCUGCACAACGUCAUCUGUACCAACGAGCUGGCACGCAGGCUACAGGAAACAGGUGUUACUGCCAACUCUGUCCACCCUGGUGUUGUCAUGACAGAAGUAAUGAGGCAUUAUCCAGCCUGGAUCCGUUAUCUUUUUAACCUCGUUGGAUUUUUCUUUUUCAAGACAUCAGAAGAGGGAGCGGUCAGUCCGAUCUACUGCGCUGUGGCGGAGGAACUGGAGGGUGUAACUGGAAAGUACUUUGACAGCGACUGCUCCCUGGUCCUUCCUGCCCCUUUAGCUCGAGAUGCAGCCCUGGCAGUCAAGGACUUUGAGAUCUGUGAACGACUCACGUCAAAGCUCUGAAAAACUUUUCCAGCAGGGCCUCAUAACCGGAUAUAAAUGUCCCGUUUGCUCUUAUUUCCUGACGGCAUUUGAUCACAAAUGCAGAGCUGUCUCAUAAAUAUCAGGUGCAACUUUUUGAAUAAAGUUUUUUUGACAGAAUUUUACAGCCUAUGUUUUUUCCAUGAAAGAUGAUAAGAUUAAAUGUUUCCAAAAUGGCAACCUGACUUUGACCUCUUAAUGCAAU